GGUACAGUGGGCGUGGGGGCGCAAAGAAAAUUUAUCCAAAUAAAAUCAUUAGAACCGCAAAAAAAACAUUAUCAUCAUCAGAACAAACAUACACGCACAGUGUAAAGUUACAGGUACAGCCCAUAUGAGCAGUCACUCCCACUAUGAGUGCAUGUUCCUUUUUUCCGUCUUCAUUUAUACUCCGUAAUAUUACUUGAGUGUUCUUUCUUCUUAGUUUAUUCCCACAAAUUUAUAACAGUGAGAAUCCCAUCCAUCCUUCCACUUUAUUAAACCUCUCUCUAUCUUUUGGUGGUUCCCUUCAUGCUUGACACCAAACCUCCCUCCAAUAAUUGGCAUAGCCUAAUAAAUGAAUGAACUUGGAGCUUAUUUCAGCCAUAGCUCGCUGCUUCUGGACUACUAUUUGUUAGCAGCUCUAGCAGCAACAGAGUCUGCACUUUCAAGAUUUGGAAUUUUCCCUUUCUGCUUCUCUGGGUUCAUUGAGUUUUUACCUCUUCUGAUGACAGGAUACUUACAAUGCUAAAUUUAAGGCCUAAUUUUGAAUGCUUAAAGAGUAGCUGUUGGUUCUCCUAGAAAAUGGAAUUAGUUUUCCUUUGAGAGUUUUCUGGUGUUCAAUAAUGGCUGAAAUUAGAGUUACAAAGGUAGAGCAACAAGGUCAAACAAAAUUCAAGAAUGUUCCAAUUGCAGUCACCCCAGAGGGUUUCUGGUGUUGUCCCUCACCAGUUGUGUUUCAAAAGUCUUCCAAGCCAAACAACAGUCUAAACAAGCUCAAACCAUCUCAGAAGACACAAACACCCACACCCGAGAAAAAACCCAUUCCACAACAUAGGCCAAGUGUUGUUUCGGAGAAACCAAAUGUCAGUGUGCCUGUUGAGACGGAUCAGACUCCUCAUCCGAAGACCAUGAAUGUCCCCAAGAAAGUGUCUAUUGAGUUUGGAGAAUCAGGAAGCAGUGACCUUAGAGUGGUUUUGAUUGGGAAACAAGGGUUUACUGUAAAGUUGAAUGUGCAUAGGGAUAUUCUUGCAGAGAAUAGUAUGUUCUUUGCCAGUAAAAUAAUGUCUGGACAAGAACCGGUUUACCCAUGUGCUAUUGAGGUUGAUGAUUGUGAUGAUGUUGAGAUAUAUGUUGAAACCGUGGGACUGAUGUAUUGCAGUGAUUUGAGGCAGCGCCUGAUCAAACAAAGCGUUUCACGUGUUUUGCGGAUUCUCAAGGUUGCAGAACAUAUUGGCUUCAGGACCUGCAUGCAAUCGUGCCUAAAAUACUUGGAAGCCGUUCCUUGGGUUGGCGAAGAAGAAGAACAAAAAGUAGUGGCUUCAGUCUUACGCCUCCAAGGAGAAGGAAUGGGAGUGAACCCGGUCUUGAAACGGGUAUCGCCUGAAAUCUCAAAACCCCCCAAAGACACGCUUGCUCACAUCCUCAAGUUGGUGCUCAACAGUGAUGUGGAAAUAGGGCGGCGUGAGAUGAAAUCCAUAGUCCUGAAACUCCUCAGAGAAAACAACGACACCCUUCCCAAUGAGAUUCUUUACAGUUCGUGCAGAAGCUGUUUGGGCUUGUUACUGGAUCUGUUCAGACAAGAAGAAGACGAACUGGAUGGUAAGAAGAUCGCCCUACACGCUGAUAACCUCACGUGGAUGUUUGAAAUGUUGAUUGACAGGCAAGCGGGGGAUGGGUUUACGGAAAUGUGGGCCAGCCAGGAUGAGAUGGCUUCAUUGCAUGCAAAGCUCCCCACUGUGGUCCGCCACCAUGUGAGCUUUAUCACGGGGAGGGUGUUUGUCGGGAUAGGAAGAGGCGAGGUUCUGCCGUGUAAAGAGACCAGACAGCGUUUGUUGGAGACGUGGUUGGAGCCGUUAAUGAAGGACUACAGGUGGCUGCAGCAUGGGUCCUGCAGGUCAUUUGAUCGGAAGGUGGUGGAGGAAGGGAUCGGGAGGACGAUCUUGACUCUUCCUCUGGAGGAGCAGCAGAGGGUUUUGCUUGUUUGGUUGGAUUGGUUUCUCAAGGCGGGGGAUAAUUGCCCCAACCUUCAGAGAGCGUUUGAAGUGUGGUGGCGCAGGACUUUCAUCAGAACCUCUACGGAUUCCCAAAGUAUGGAGGCCAACUCUGCUCCUACUGCAUCAGAUGCGUUACUUUCAGUAGUUUCUGAAAACUGAGAAACCCGCGGUGGUGGAGGUGCAUGCAUGUGGGUGGGUGGGUGGGUGGUGUUAGUCUAUCCUUAAUCAAGGUUUGGUCUAACAGGUAACAGAAUUGUAGGUAUGAUCAUCAUUUCAUUGCUUGCAUGUUGAUUCCUUAUUGGUGAUAUGUAUUUAUAUUUAUGUAACAUAAUAUGUACUUGAUUGAAAGGGAUGAUGCAUUUUUAAAUGCUCCCAUUGGAGUGAAUCUACUAUAGUGAAUUUGGUGUUUGGUGAUUGUUUGAGCGAAUGUAAUAUAAAAUGCAUGCACUACAAA